AUGGACAGAAUCCAAAUUCCUCAGGGGCUUACUGAAGAAGAACUUCGAGAGCUGGAGCCUGUAAUUCGCACCUACCACCUGUUCGACCCAUUGCCUAACACGACUACAUCUCUGAUAAAGCAGCGGAUUGAUGCGCCGGCGGAGGCAGUAUGGCCCUUCGUGCGCGGCUUCGACAACCCACAAAAAUACAAGCACUUUAUCAAGAGCUGUCGCAUGACUGGGGACGGCGGUGUCGGCAGCAUCAGGGAGUUGACGGUGGUUUCCGGCAUUCCCGCCUCCACCAGCACCGAAAUACUUGAGAUUUUGGAUGAUGAGAAGCAUAUACUGAGUUUUCGUGUUGUGGGUGGGGAGCAUAGGCUGAAUAAUUAUCGAUCUGUAACGUCCGUCAAUGAGUUCAACAAAGAAGGGAAGAUUUACACCAUUGUUUUGGAGUCUUAUAUAGUGGAUAUACCAGAUGGGAAUACAGGAGAGGACACGAAAAUGUUCACUGAUACUGUUGUGAAGCUUAAUCUUCAGAAGCUUGGUGUGGUGGCAAUGGCCGCGUCUUAG